AUGCAUGGAAAGAAAGAUAAUGCUGUGGAAAAGAAAUUGGGUGAAGGAGUUGUGAAAGACCUCACUGAAAAUAUUAAAGUGAAUCCAAGUAGAAAAUCUUUACCUAUGCUGAAAAGUGACAAGGAGAUGAAAAGGGGCGACUAUGAUUGGGCUACUAGCAAUACAGGCCUUAGUGUGAUGAAGUGGAAAGAUAAGAGAUCCGUCCAUCCGCUUUCAAAUUUCCAUGAUCCAACUCAAACAACAGAGGUUACAAGAAAGGAAAAAGAUGGCAAUGAAAUAAAAGUUUCUUGCCCCAUUGGUCUCUCCGGUUACAAUGCCAACAUGAAUUGUGUAGAUAAAUUUGACCAGCUGGAGGGCGUAUAUGAAACUGACAGAAAGAGCAGAAAGUGGUGGCACAGAAUAUUUUGGUACUUUAUUGAUGCCACCAUGGUGAAUGCUUCCAUCAUCCAUAAAGAAACGAAGUUGCCUAAGAUGACUCUGAAGGACUUCAGAAGAGAAAUCACAAGGGAUUUAGUGGCACCUGCCUUGGUAGCUUCAAGAGGUAAAAAGCGAAGUCUGAACAGCCAUCUCCAGUUCAACAAGAAGAAACCCAAUGUUCCGAAAUCUGUGCGUCUUGAAAGUUCAUCUCAUCAGCCAGGAAGAUCUACAAGGAGAUGUGCAGCAUGUAGUUCCAAGAAACAACAAAUUUGCACCGACUGGAUGUGUAGUGUGCGUAAGGUUCCUCUAUGCUUAGGGAAAAGGAAGACAUGCUUCCAAGACUAUCAUGCAUCUUGA